UGCACCCAGGCUGUCGGAUGACAAAGGCUGAGCUGGGAUGUGUCCUCUCCCCACCGCCCGCCCUCCCCGUCUAGGCAGAGAACUUCCUGCGGACCAUGGAGACCUGGAGCCGACCGCUGGGCUUCCAGCCUGGGGAGGCGAGCCUGGGCACCUCUGGGGAGCAGGCCGACCCGGACUCCUGGGGGCCGAUCAGCCCGGAGGCUUCCCCGCACCCAGUGGCCAAGACCCCACAGCCCUCCGGGCUCCAGGGGCCACCCUUCGAAGACGUCCUGGCUGCGAGGUCCUCAGACUGGCUCCGGCAGCCCUCCGGAGCCGACGCCGCCCCCGUCUCCCAGCUGGACACGCAGCCCCCCUGGGACUCCGAGCCCCGGUUUUGGCAGGAUGUUCUGACGGAGCAACUCUGGCAGAUCUUUGCGGGGACCCACAAGAAGGACCAGCUGCGACGCAGGAGUGAGUCUGCCUGCAGGUGGGGGAUGGGGGCGGCCUGGGGCUGUGUCUGGCGAACCGUUGAAUCCUGUUGUUCUACUGGCUCCCCGUCUGUUGUAUCAGCGACAGAGCAGGCGCCAGGCCUGGUGAGUCACUCUGCGGCACCUGGAGGGGGGGGCCCUCGGGUCGGGUUGUCCGGCUUCCUGUGGGGUCAGUCCACGGCUUCCACCCCGGCUUCCCUUAGAGGACUCAGGCCUGGGGACUUGGGGCUGUUGACGAGUUUGUCUACACUGCCUGGGCCUCCCCAAGGUUUUCUGGGUCUAAGACCGACCCUGGGCAGGUCCUUUGGUCUGACCCAGGACCCAGGACCACACGACUUGGGACUGGAACCAAGCGAAAACACUUUGGUGCCCAGCCCACCUGCGCCCUCCCCCAGCUCCCCCGAGGGCUCCCGAGAAGGGAGCGCAGAGCCAGGCCCGGACGCAGAGGGGAUGCUCUCCCCCCGUGUGGCCCAGGAACCUGCUGGGAGAGCCUAUCCAUUCCUGAAGCCCAUAUGCUGGGACCCUGAGGACUUCGAGGACACGUGCAAGAGACCAGACGCCUUGCCGGGGCAAUCCAAGAAGGCGGCCAUCCCACACGGAGCGGAGAAGAUGCGGACGCUAAGGCAUGGGGAGCCAGUGCUGGCCACGGCCGUCAGCAGCUUCACGCGACAUGCGUUCACCUGCGGCCGGGGCGGCGUCAAAGUGUGGAGCCUGGUGGGCCAGGGGCUAGAGGACCAGUAUCCUGAGAGCCACCUGCGGGUACAGACCCGCCAGGCCUACCUGCGCACCUGCCUGCUGGCCCCGACCAGCACGACCCUGCUGACGGGCGGCCACAACCUGGCCAGCGUGAGCGUGUGGGACCUGACCGCGCCCUCCCUGCGUGUGAGCAACGAGCUGCCCUGUGCAGGCCUCACCUGCCAGGCCCUGGCCUUCGGCCCCGAGGACACCCUGGCCUUCGCUGGCUUCACGGACGGCACAGUCAGGAUCUGGGACCUGCGGGACCGGAGCAUUGUCAGGGACCUGCAGGGCCCCCCGAAUGGAGCCAAGAGCAUUGCUAUCAAAGACCAGAACAUCUGGACGGGGGGGCUAGACACCUGCCUGCGGUGCUGGGAUCUGAGGACCCCCGGGGAGCCCCUGGAAUACCAAUUCGAGUCUCAGAUAAUGAGUCUGUCCCCCAGUCCCCAGGAGGAUUGGGUUCUGGUGGGCACAGCCAAUGGGCAACAGUGGCUGCAGCCCACCCGAGGGGGCCAGAAGCACAUGGUGGGGUGUAAGGACAGCACCAUCCUGGGUCUCAAGUUCUCUCCACUCGGCCAGUGGUGGGUGAGCGUUGGGAUGGACGACCUGGUCAGCAUCUACGGCAUGCCCGCGGGGACCAUGGUGUUCCAGGUACCUGAGACCUCCUCCAUCCUGUGCUGUGAUGUGUCCCCCAACAACCGCCUGAUCAUCACCGGGUCCAAGGACCACGCCUCGGUGUACCAGAUCACCUACUGAGGGGCUUGGCAUGGUCCUCCUGACUCAGGAUCAUUUUUUGUUUUUGUUUUUUUUUUUUUGUUCUUUUCCUCAAGGUGGAGGCUUUGUGGUGGAGGGGUGUGGUGGGUGGGCCGGGUUUCCUUCCCAUUGCACAUGUAGUAAAGCAAU